AUGUCUAAGAUCUUCCUUAGACCCUCCAGCCUCGGUCAGACCCUCCACCCUCGGUCAGACCCUCCAGCCUCUGUCAGACCCUCCAGCCUCGGUCAGACCCUCCACCCUCGGUCAGACCCUCCAGCCUCGGUCAGACCCUCCACCCUCGGUCAGACCCUCCAGCCUCUGUCAGACCCUCCAGCCUCGGUCAGACCCUCCACCCUCGGUCAGACCCUCCACCCUCGGUCAGACCCUCCAGCCUCGACCCUCCAGCCUCGGUCAGACCCUCCACCCUCGGUCAGACCCUCCAGCCUCGGUCAGACCCUCCACCCUCGGUUAGACCCUCCACCCUCGGUCAGACCCUCCAGCCUCGGUCAGACCCUCCACCCUCGGUUAGACCCUCCACCCUCGGUCAGACCCUCCAGUCUCGACCCUCCACCCUCGGUCAGACCCUCCAGCCUCGGUCAGACCCUCCACCCUCGGUUAGACCCUCCACCCUCGGUCAGACCCUCCAGCCUCGGUCAGACCCUCCAGUCUCGGUUAGACCCUCCACCCUCGGUCAGACCCUCCAGCCUCGACCCUCCACCCUCGGUCAGACCCUCCAGCCUCGGUCAGACCCUCCACCCUCGGUUAGACCCUCCACCCUCGGUCAGACCCUCCAGCCUCGGUUAG